GCCACGGAGAGUCGUGUGGAAAAACUCGUCCCUUAAGAAGAAACAGGGAAAACCUCGAAACGCGUUGUGUGUGAGUUGCCUCCCGGACAAAAAAAGACCAGUGCGCUCCCCCGCCGAUGGAAGGUGUUUUGACCGUGUUCAGUUUACGCAGUGUGUUCCCACGGUGAGGAUCAUCAUCGUCGUCAGCAGCAUCGGUGUCAAUUUUGCUUCCGCCGUUUGUCCGUGUGUGUUGUGCACAUCAUCAACCUGCAUGUGCCCUUCAAUUGCAAAACCGAAUUUGUGGUGAGCUUGAAAGGCUAACGAAAAUCCAUUGCUGUGUCAAUUUAGUGUGCGUGCGUGCAAGUGUUUGUUACUCGUUACAAUACUCCACUCCCCGUAGUGUUCAUGUCAAAUGGUAAGCAAUUCCCCGACGGCAGUGGUUUUGAUCUGCAUCGUAGUGAAAUAAUGAACCCGUAAAUAGGUAAGUGUGUUGUUAAAAUUACAAAGCUCCCUCUGCGUGUUAUGGUGUGAAAAUUUUGGGUGAAAAAAUAGUGCGUUAAAUUCCUGUGUUAAGUGUUGAGCAGUGGUAAAUUACGCAUCUUCCUUCACUGUAGUGUGCCGUGUGCAACAGUGUGUAUGUAAACUCAUUUUCCUGUGUGAAUAUGAGCAGCACGGUAACGCCCAGCCGAAAUCCAGUGCUUCCGGGAAGAGGGGCAGGUUAAAUUAAAUUAGUCUAAGCAGGGGGGCAAACCUCGUACCGCUCCGUCCUUCUGACGAAAAAUCUCCCCCUCCCUCUUCGAGUUGAACAACGUGCGUCCUGUAUGUGGCUAUGUGCGUUUUGUGUGUGUUAAUUCGUCCUACUCCGUGUAGCCAAAUUUCCGCCCUGAGUAAGCGUGAGUGAAUUGUGGGUGCUGGGAAUUUCCCUUUCCGUGAGGGUGUGAAUUUAAAAUUAAAAAACAACCAGCACACACACCCAAACACACGUUAACACGAAACAACGAAAGAAAAACGGCCGCUGGAGCUCGAUCAGCAAACGAGGCUGUUGUGAGAAGGCUGCUACAUCUAAUCAAACAUGCCCUUCGGCCGGAAGUCACCGCUGGAGGCACUGGCCAUGCCGGGUGCCAUUAUUGCGUACAAAUACAGCCAGUUCCGGCAGCGCCGGCGGGAGGCAGCUAAUCGGCGCGUGACGGAACGGGAGCUGUCCGCACUGCACACGAAAAUCGAAAAACUGCUCAGCAAGCUGGAGGAAAGCGAACUGGAACCGCCAACAUCGCAGGAGGAUGAGUGCGUCAUCUGCAUCAAUGCACGCGCCACGAUGCAGACGUCACCGUGCGGGCAUCGGGUCGUGUGCCGCCGGUGCUUCGUCAAAACGAUCCAAAGUGCUGUGGCGCAACGGUUGCUGCCGUUGCGGUGUGUCAUCUGCAGGGCUAGAAUCAAUCGUCUUACGUCAGGGUCGACCUCUUGGCGCUUGCAAGGUUCGGCCAGCACGUACUCGAUGGGCAGCAAGAGCUGGAGUGUGCCGGGGUCGGCCAGCUCGUACAGCGUCGAUGCACGGGUCACCCAGUCCGCCAGCCUGUACUCGAUGAGUUCGGGUUCGUCGUGCGUGUCCGGUAUCUCGAACAUGUCCAGCUGCUCCGGCACGUCCGGUACGUCCGGUAUGUCUUCCACGUCAUCGGCCAGCGGUGUUACGGACGGGUCGCUGCAUGGCCACAGCCAUCGGCACGGCUCGGGCGGGUGUACGGCAAGCUGCAGCACGAGCGGAUGUCUUGGGGCCGUGCCACGCAAUCCUGCCUACCAGCAUUACCACAAAAAGGGACAAUACUACAUGAAGAGUCGUAUUCCGGAGAUGCCAAAUCGGUUGCCACCGAUCAUUGAGUUCAAAAGCCCAACACGCCACAGAACACCUUCACCCGCCAAUCCGGGCGCACGAUUUAAAUACUACACCCAACCCGGCAAACCAUCGAACCCGGUCGAAUCCAUCCCGCUGAUGACGGUGGAAAAGAUUCCGGGCAAAUCGGGCCCCUCCAAGCUCGGCCUAAACGCCAAAAUUGCCCCAGUUGCAUCGAAAUCACCGAUCAACAAAACAAACAUGGCCACGGGCAAACCGGUCACGACGUCGCUCAUCACGGCCGUAAACAGCUCCACGCCAAAGGCACGCGUUCUGUCCGCUUCGUCUUCCUCAUCGGCUGGCCCAUCCGGCCUGAGUGGAGGAGGGGGAGGCGGUGGCGGUGGUGGGAGCAGUAGAGCGGGAGGCUGUGGUGGUGACGGUGGAGGUGCGGGGAUGGGUUGCAGCAGCAGCCAUUCGCUCGUCAGCAAGCAGGACGAAAAGUACGACAAUAAGAAGAACGAAACGAUCGAGAAGAAAAAGAAGGAGGAAAAGGCCAAACAGAAGGCGGAAAAGGAGGCCCGGAAGGAGGAAAAACGCAUUGCCAAAGAGGAGGAAAAGCUCGCGAAGAUGCUCGCCAAGGAGGAGAAAAAGCGUGGCAAGCGGGAAGCGAAAGAGGCGCUCCUAGCACACGAAGGUGGAAAUGGGCUAAAGUAAAGCUAAGCGUAGGUAGUAAGUGAAAAAAAGCAAAAAAAGAAGGAGGAAAAAUGAAGGAGAAACAUCACAAUAAACACAUUUAGCUUCCAAAGCAACAGAACAAAAAAAAAAGAGUAGAAAACGAAGAAAAAAAAGGAGGAAGAAUAGAAGUAGAAAUGAAACGUGGUUUCAGAUGACGGUUUUUAAUUUAUGUUAAGCAGCGGUUAAGAAGAGUAAGGAGAUAAAGAGAAGCACAACUUAUCUAGAAUCGAACGGUUCAAGCGGUUUUGUUCGAUCGACUGCCUGUUUUGUCUUCUCUGUUGCUUGCUUUGACUUUAAUCUCUUCUCGAUUGAGCUCUGUUUUGUGAAUCAUAUUGAUUCGGUUAGUGAUCAUUUCUUUUUCUUUUAGCGUUUUUUUUGUAGUUUUUAAUACCCUUUUGAACUUAUAAAUAAGAGUUUGCGAGUAAAUAAUUUUAAAUUCAUUUUAUAUAAAAGAAGUAAGUAAGCUGUAAAUGAUAAUAAUUCUUGCAAAAAAAAAGGAAGCCAGCAACUUACAAAGUGAAAAAACACUCACGAAAAAAAGAGAGGAAAAAAAGAGUAGAGAAAAACAAAGAAAACAUAUCACAUUCAUCCCACGUAGCCGAAACCAGCUGAGUAGAGAGGAAACCUGCAUACAGCAACACUCAAAAGAGAGGGAAGGAAUUUAGUUCCCUCUCUCCCUCUGUGUGUCUGUUUCCCUAUCACCAUAAGAAAAAAAGGAAGUUAUUUGUUAGUGUUAGUGUAGAACAGUGUUUGUAGUGUUUGCUGACGGUUGCAGCAGGAGUGUAAAAUCUAUGUUCCUAAGCCGAUUUUGAGUGUGUGAGCGAAAAAAAAAACACGGCACAAGCAACGAUCGUUAUCGUCAUUUUGUUUUCCAAUUCCCUGGUAGAUGGUAGAACGAUUCCCACCAUUCGAACGAAGACAGUUAAGGAAGGUCCGUCUUUCCACCCAAAAAUCAAUUCAGCCUUGCCGCCACACAGCCGGGGCAACAUUCUAAAUCGUAUCGUAUCGCUCCCGUAUCCUUGGGCACAUAAUCAGCAACCGAUUUUAAAGGAAGUCGUGUGUCGUGUUUGGGGUUUUAAAUAAAAACAAGUGGAACCCUUCGGAAGCAGGAUUUCCUUGCCGUCGCCAUACGUGAAUCCGACAUUCGCGCAUACACAAAAGCUCACUGUGAUAGGUUGAAGUAAUACGCGUAUGAAGGACAAAAAAAAAUAUGGACGGAUCGAAGAGGAGAAAAAAGACAGCAAAGCAAAUAAACAAACUUCCUUUGAUAAUGAAAACUAAUAAUUAAAACCGUAAAAGAAGCAUUGUAAGUAGUUAAAGCAAGGAUGCAUGAAUGUUAUUAACUGGCUGGUUGGUGUCUGUAGCCAAAAGGAAAAAGAAGAAAAUCCCAAAAAUAAAAAAGCGAAAGUAGUGGAUAGUAAGUGGAUAGGCGAGGAGGAAUUGUUGUUAUAGAAUUUUAAAAACUACCUAAACGAACAAAAACCCCCUUUCCGUAAUCUAAACACAAGUCCCGCAUGUUUCGCAUGCAUUUUAGAUUUUGCUACCAAAAAUCCAUCAGGCGUGUGUAAGCGUAGAUGCCAGACAUGCUAAGCUGUACGUUCCACGUCCAAGACAGCAAUAAUGUUUUCCGAUCCUCAUCCGUUAGAGUGUGUAUGUUUGUGUGUCUGUAUGCGUAAAGAAGGAAAGAAAGCAGUUUUCCAUGCGGUAGAAAGCGUAAACCCUUAGUUAGUUUGAGCAUCAACUGCAUCAAGAGGUCCAUUACCACUAGAACACUAAACUAUCCCGUUGCCAAACAGAAGAAGAAGAGGAAAACAAGAGCAAGAAAAGGAGUUGGUUGUUUGUUUUUAAUGUCACUUUACAUUUGAAACAAAUCCAGAGCGUCAAUUCAGCGCAAGUAUCGAAAGAAGGUAGCUCCAGGCGGUUGUCGACUACACCGAGAAAAAUACGACACGACAUAUCGAGCAAAAAUGGGCGUGAAACUAUUGUGAAACUUAAAUGAAUAAAAGACAAACUUGUCUCUGGAGCACUUUCUUGCCUCAUUUCACCAAAAUACAAUGCGCUGCAAUCCGUGUUUGGUUCAAUUCUUCUUAACACAAACGAUCGAUCGACUCCUUUAAAAAAACAUCAAUAAAACACUCCCUGCUAGAGAUAGUACAGUUUGUGAGUCAGGAAACACAAAACUGCUCCACAAAAAUCGCGAAACUGCUAAAGAAUAGUUCUAAUAGUAAUAGUAGAGGGAGGAGGAAGUAGGAGACGGAAACGGAAAAGCUACCUCCUAAGUAAAAGAAACGAAGCGAGUAAGAGAUCCUUAAAGCUACCAAGCAGAAAAGAAGGAAGUAUACUGGCGUAAAAAUAAGGGUUGAAUCAACAGAGUAGAAAAAGGGCUUUUUUGGCAGUAUUAUUUGUAGGAAAAGAAAAGGGAAAACUUUGCUUCUUCCAGUGCUUCUUCCAAGAAACGGUGAAGGAAAAUGAUUCAAAACGCUGGUUUGUGUCUUUGGUUUGAAUACGCCCAAAAGUAUGCAAUAGUUUGUUCUAAACUCGUACCGAAGGAUAAAUGUUGCAUACCUUCAGGCGUAUCGCAAUUCAAACACUUGCAAGCGUUCGACCGUUUCAAAGCCUACUCCUUUUACGCAUAUUAAUCGCGACAAGACUUUCUGUUUUUUUUUUACCACAAAACUAAACAAUCCUUAAAAGACGCUUAUGAAUGUAGAAGACACUCCAAAGUUGAACCUAUUUCCUGUUUUGCUACUUUGCGAUAUGCCAUCUCCAUUUACUGCGAAAGGGAAACAGUAGACAAAGCUUGUACUCAUUGUUAGAUGACUGUUGUUGUUUAGCUGAUGUAAGGUGUGAAAGGAUGUGUGUGUGUGUACGCGCAAUGUAACUGAAGUGAUGAUAGGAAGGAAAACUCAUGUAAUUGUACCGUCGGCGUGUAGUGUAACGCUUUCGAUCAACGAAACCGUGACCCUCGUGGCUGCACCGGUUCGGCACCAUAUGUUGUUGGAUUUUGUUUUUAAUCUUAAGGUUAAGUUUUUAAAAGGGCCACCCGAAGGCAACCCAAACACGGCGAACUAACGUGCUAACUAGCAAACCUUCCUGGUAUAACUAUUACAAUAACAACCGAACAGAUCAAGGACAGAACCGAGCAGCAAUAGCUUUUGGGACAAAUAAAGGUAUGUUAACGUCAUAAAAAAAA